CCGUUCGGUGUAAGGGUUCCCGCGAAGCCCUAAUUCAUUCUCUCGCCAAAAAAACCCGCCUUUUUCUUCGAAACUCAUCGCGAAGCCGCCGCCGAGGCCGACCCCAAUUUCUCCGGCGAGAGGAUCGCUGCCUUGGAUCGCACUACACCGCAUUCCAACUUCUCAUUACUUCUAUUUUCGACAGAUGACGAGCAAGAUUUACAUCAGCAAAGUGGAAUCUAUAAAUGAUGGGGAUGAUAAAACCGCGGCUGCAAAUGUCGAAAACAUAAUAUCUCUGCGCCAUCCAAAAUCGGACGCCUCGGCAUCUUAUGCCUUCAAAAAUGGGUUGCUUCAGGAGCUGCACUGGUUUAAGCAGUCGUAUGGCUCUUGGUUUUUAGGUGAUUAUGUUUGUGAAGAUGGCAGCCUGUAUAUUAGCACUCCUGUUGAUCCUAUUUUCAUCCUCUUACCAAUUUUCGCUGACGCUCGUAUGAAGAGGGGAACUGAUCUAGGGGUUUUUAGGCAAUUAGAUGAAAUCCUAUACAUCGAAGGAUAUCCUGGCUAUCGACGCCUGAUGUCCAUGGCAGAGGACUCAAUGCAUUUGGUUUGUGAAGUGAAAGAGGUUGGUUCAUCAAAGUUCUUCAGGCUUGAUGACUCAAAGGUUUUAUCAUGGCUAUGCUGUAAGGUAGUCCACUUAAAAGCGUCACUGGCAAAACUGGACAAAAAUUAUGCCAUUCAAGAUGAAAGGGAAACUUUAAAAGAAAUUGUCUCAAUAUUGGGCGAAUACCUGAAGGAUGAGCCAUGGUUGACCCUCUUAUGCAGCCAUUUAAAGUUGAACUGGCAGGAAGCUCUUCAAAAUACUCCCAGGAACGAAAAAGAACCAGGUUUCCUAGAGGACACUCCAAUGCCCUCUCGUCCUCUUUCAGGAAAAGUCGAUACUGCAAAGAAAAAAUCAAGUAAUGCAAAACAAACCAAAAAGCUGAAAGCUGAAACCGACUCUCAGAAUAUAAAGAAUAUGUUUCAAAGAGUCACUAGGAGGAGAAGCUGAACGAAGAUGAACGAGGGAAGCUAUAUGUUAGUGUUCUGAUACUUGUUUUAAGAUGCUCUUCCCUCCAUGCUGUAAAUUUCUUUAUGUUAGACUAAUUGAAAUAUGUUAUUCACUAUAUCUGUAAUCUGGCUUGAGAGCUCUUAACCGCAACAAAGUUUUCUUAUACUUAACAUUUGAUUUAAGUGUAGUCCAUAGCAGAGCUUGCACACAUAGAAUUGUACUGGUAAUGGGAUAGAAAUUAUGGGCAAAAUUGAUAUGA